AUGAAGUUCAACAUUGCAAAUCCCACUACUGGGUGCCAGAAAAAGUUCGAAAUCGAUGACGAUGCCAAACUACGCAGCCGAACAUUUUGGGACAAGAGGAUCUCCCAAGAAGUUAAUGGAGAUGCGCUUGGUGAAGACUUUAAAGGUUAUGUUUUUAAAAUAAUGGGUGUUUGUGACAAACAAGGUUUUCCAGUGAAGCAAGGUGUCUGGACCACUGGCCGUGUUUGCCUAUUGCUGCACAGAGGUACUCCUUGUUUUUGUGGUUAUGGUAGGAGGAAUGGUGAGAGGAGGAAAUCUGUCCGUGGUUGCAUUGUUAAUCCAGACCUCUCUGUUUUGAAUUUGGUGACUGUGAGGUAGGGCGAGAAUGAUCUACCUGGCCUAACAGAUAUCAAGAAGCCAAGAAUGCGAGGUCCGAAAAGGCCAUCUAAGAUCCGGAAACUCUUCAAUCUCUCCAAGGAUGAUGAUGUUCGGAAGUAUGUCAACACAUACAGCAAAACCUUCACAGAUAAACUUGGUAAGAAAUGUAGUAAAGCCCCCAAAAUCCAGAGGCUGGUAACCCCCUGGACUCUCCAAAGGAAGCGAGGAAGGAUUUCUGAAAAGAAAAGGAGAAUUGCCAAAGCCAAGUCAGAAGCAGCCGAGUAUCAGAAGAUUUUGGCAUCAUGUUUGAAAGAACAACGCGAGCGCCGCAGUGAGAGCUUAGCAAAGAGAAGAUCCAAGCUCUCUGCUGCCUCCAAGCCUUCUAUUGCUGCUUAGAUAUACUUCUCUGAAAUUUUGUCCGAGUUAGUUGAGCAUGGAGCGUUCCUGGACACUCUCAGUCCAUAGAUUAGGGAAAUUUGGUUGCUAUUACCAAGAGUUGGUUUGAUAGUUUUAAAAUUUUGGGUUCGCUAGUUUGACCUCAUGUAACAUUUGAUUAUUUUUUCAAGUUAAUACUUAUUCCAUACAAGUAUGGAUUACUUUUGUUACAA